AGAUAAAACGGAUCCACGUGCAGCGUCCGUGCAUGCCUCAGUUUCAUGUUCCACUCGAGUCACCUUCUGUGGCUUUGGCUUUUGCCUCCAUAUCUUUUCCUAGGGAUUCCAAUUCUUUUUUUUUUGGUUUAUGUUCAAUUAAAAUUCUUUCUGAUUUUGAAUCAUGGAUUAACGAUGAUCAUCAGUUGACUUUUAACUUCUUUUUCCCGGAAAGUGGGAAUUCAGUUAUACCGAUUUACCGCCAAAAGUGUAGUCGCUAAUCGCUGAUGAAGAUUACAGAUUAUCUAUUGGGCUAUUCGCCACCUAUUUGGGCGACUUUGAUAGCUGGAGUGUUUGUAGUCGUCACGCUUUCGCUUUCAAUGUAUCUUGUCCUCGAACAUCUCUAUUCUUACAAGAAUCCUGAGGAGCAAAAGUUUUUGAUCGGAGUCAUUCUUAUGGUUCCUUUGUAUGCUGUAGAAUCGUUUGUAUCAUUGGUGGAUCCAUCAAUUAGUGUUGAUUUUUCGAUACUACGAGAUUGCUACGAAUCAUUUGCCAUGUAUUGCUUUGAAAGAUACCUUGUUGCUUGCUUGGGUGGUGAAGAUAGGACUAUUGAAUUCAUGAAAAGAUUAGGGCAUGCAAGUUCUAAAACUCCACUAUUGGAACUUGAUUAUGAAAAGGGGACUAUUAAGCACCCUUUUCCUAUGAAUUAUAUCCUUAGACCCUGGAAACUUGGUCAAUGGUUUUACCAAGUUGUCAAGUUCGCCAUUGUCCAAUAUAUGAUAAUCAAGUCAUUAACUGCUCUUUUAGCAGUAUUUCUUGAAGCUUUUGGUGUAUAUUGUGAAGGAGAAUUCAAAUGGGGAUGUGGGUAUCCUUAUAUGGCAGUGAUUCUCAAUUUCAGUCAAUCAUGGGCUUUAUACUGUUUAAUUCAAUUUUAUGCUGUCACAAAGGAUGAACUGGCACGCAUAAAUCCAUUGGCCAAGUUUUUGACAUUUAAAUCUAUAGUAUUUUUAACUUGGUGGCAAGGUGUGGCAAUUGCCCUUUUUUAUGCUCUUGGUCUGUUCAGAAGUCCAAUUGCUGAAGGCUUGCAGUUUAAGUCAAGUGUCCAAAACUUCAUCAUUUGUAUAGAGAUGGGCCUUGCUUCUAUAGUUCACCUAUAUGUUUUCCCUUCCACACCUUAUGAGUUAAUGGGAGAUCCCAUUCCUGAAAGUGUUCCAAUCCUUGGAGACUAUGCAUCGGUUGAUUGCCCUCUGGAUCCCGAAAUGAAGGCCCGAAGUGGAAUGACCAUCAAAGAAAGUGUGAAAGACGUAUUUAUUGGUGGUGGUGAAUAUAUCGUAAAUGAUGUAAAAUUUACAGUAAACCAAGCAGUUGUGCCUGUUGAGAAGGGGAUCACGAAGUUCAACAAGAAACUACAUAAGAUCUCUGAAAACAUAAAGAGGCGUCGCAGACACAAAAGGAAGACAAGGGAUGAUAGUUGUAUUCCAACAGCUGCACAGAGGGUAACUCAUGAUAUCGAUGAUCCACUCUUAGAAGGGUGCAUGAGCGAUAGUGGGAUUGCAAGGAGAAAGAAACGGGAUAGAAUAUCAGGAUAUAGCAGCGCGGAAACUGUAGGAGAAAUCAGCAGUGGUGAUCAGAGCAGUAGAUAUCUGAUUAGGGGCCAUAGAAAGGUUAAAGUCGAGAUGAAAUAUUAAUUUGUGGGUGGCUAAAUCAAUGAAAAUAAGACAUGCUGGUGUGAGAGAUACAAAGAGACUUCUCCAGUACCAAGCUUGGUUGACAAUUGACAUGCUCAAGGGCAUAAAUGAAAUCAUUGCCCACAAGUUUUCAACGUAUAAUGGCUGUUUCUUUUCUUGUUAUGAAUAUAUAUUUUGACACUCACAUUGCAGUGUAAAAAGUCUACAUGUUUUGAAAAGAAAAAAGAACCAAUUUAUUUGUAAUAUGAAGCUCAGUUAAACAUUUUAUGAUUGGUUAUAUAUGCAAAACUGUGAUUUUCAAUGCAGCUAAAUUUGAUGCAGUAUGCAUCUCUGAAUUCUCUCCUAAUAAAUGCUAAAUGCUUAGAUGAUUUUAUGGUAUGGGAUCUGUCUUUUAUUCUGUAUAAGCUCAUCCUCAGCUAUUAUGGUGUUAUAGGCAUGUUAAGGCUACUUCUCAGUGGAUACAAUAUCAGAUUGUUUGAUAUGUUCAAGGGUGAAGUCACCUCUCUUUUUCCUUUUUUUUUAUUUAUUUAUUUCUUGCAGCAAUUGCUAGCUUUUACAGCAGUUACUUGUGUUUCAGCUCAACCAACAGCAAUCAACCCAGGCUCCAGACCAGGGUGGUGUUACUACAGUUGCAGUUUCAGGAGCACCUGAUACUGCUGGUCUGAUGGUAAGCUCCAUGUGGAAGAAUUGUAUGCCACACAAUUAUCACAACUCCAAGAAAUGGGUUUCUAUGACACACAAGAGAAUAUCAGAGAACUACGUGUUAUUGCUGGAAAUGUCCAUGCUGCGACUUGUGGGAAAUUCCAGGCAGUUAAUGGUCCUGCCAUAAGACCCAAUGCGGUGUCAACCUAGGGUUCAAAAAAGAUGAAAUUUUGGUUGGAAUGCUAAGAUUACUAGAAGACAGUAAAGCUGAUGGUGCAACACUUGCAGUAGAUUCAAGCCUAAAGUGCGCAUAAGAGGUGCCAUUGGAGAAAGGGCUCAGCCCCUGUUCAACAAUUCAGUGAUUCAUCUAUCUUCUUCACAUUAUUCUCCAGCUUUUACGUCUCUGAUUCGAGGGUGUUGAAAAAUAGAAAUACACAUUUUCUAAAACUCAAUUUUCUGUGCACAUCAACACAAUUUAUAGUCAAUAUUUUUGCACUCAAACUUGUCACAACACUUGUGAUCCUAUUCCCAAGAGGGAUGUAUCCCAGGAUCCAAAUUUAUUUAAAUGUUUCCAAAAUAACAAAAAUUUUAACACUUGUCAAGUUUAUGGAACCAAAUUAUCUGAAACAAUCAUUCAACAGCAUGACAUGAUGCUACCGUUGUACAACUCUGGCCCUGGUUAUUUCAGU